AUGACAACAUCCCUCGCCGCGCAGCUGUCGCACAUCGCAGCAAGGUCUGGGCAUGAGCUCGACCUGAAGGCGCAAAGGAUUUCCCACUCACAGUCUUUGAUAUUUGACCACAAGAUUGCUGCAAACCAAGACUUUGACGCAAUCUAUGACAUCUGUUAUGAUGGAUUCCAAGAGUUAUGCACACUGGACCCACGUUUCACGGAGUUCGAUCGCACGAUCUUCAGCGAGCAAAGCAAAUCGGAAGAUCGCAGUCAGAUGAAUUCAGAACAAAAUAAGGAACUGGACACUGCGGUGGAUGCUUUCCUGGCGCUGGUAGGCGGCAGAUUGCAGCUGAGCCCAGCAGUAAAAGCGGUGGAUUGGCUUGUGAGGAGAUUUAGGGUUCACGAAUUCAACACGACAACCGUUUUGUUGACGUUUCUACCGUAUCAUACAACACCGCUGUUUCUCAACCUGCUUUCGAUUCUCCCGAAAAACCUUGGACCGUCCUUCAAAAUACUCAGCCCUUACCAGUCUAGCCUUAUCAACCCGCCGAGACAUCCACUAGUCCACAGCGCAGCAUCAAACAAAUCCUUCUUUGCGGAAUUAAACGAAUAUGUUUUGAGAGUCUGCCGGCAGGGCGCGCAGAGCCAUGCCUUGCUUACUUUUUGGUCUGGCCUUGUCACUGAAGCAAUUGCAACCAUGCUUGACGGUGCUCGCUCUGGAAAAAGGGAGGCAGAGCAGGACAAGCAUCAGGACAUCCUUUUGCGGGUCCUCCCAGUCCUCAGCUCUGCAUUUACCAUUGAAAAUGUGCCAGAGUUGCUUGUUGCGUGUUAUAUGAUCUGUGUUGUUCUGGCACAAAAGGCUCUCCUCUCGAAUGAAGUCAUCGAAGGGCUCAUGGAAAGCGUUGUGCGCUCUUGGACUGAAGACACCAAGACAUCAGGACUUAUCUGCCUAUCGGUCCUCGCCCAACAGAAGCCUACUGUCAUGAUUCCGAAGAGGGUCUUCAAGGGAAUUCUCCGUCUUGAGAACCCCGUCAGCCAGCUUUCUGAAGUUGCUACACAAUAUCAAGCAUCCAAAUUGCUGCUUGGGAUCAUUGCCGGGUGUCUGACUGACCUCCACAGGCCAGACAACGCUCGUCUCGUAAUUCUGAGCUCGAUCUUCCAGCGUCAGCUUCUUGGUCAGGAUGAGAUUGGCAAAGCCAUGGGCUUGGUACUCGAAGCUGCUUCAAACGCCGAUGAGACCCGCGGUAUGUCGCUGGAUGCCCAAACGCAACUUGCAGAGCUCGUGCAAGGAUUUAAUCGUUCCGAGACCCUCCAAGCCACCUUCCAAAAGACACUGAAUGAAUCUUCGUUCAACAUACCGGCCCUCGAGCACAAUCUUCAAACUGUCAUAGAAGCACCUGUCGCGACUCCUCUUCUUGAGGAUGUGGAAAUGGCCGACGCAGAUGAGCAGCCCGAGGUGGAUGCAUUCACACCAGCGUUGGAAUCAUUGGUCAAGGAGCCUUUGUUCCCCUCAUCCUUCCUCUCACGGCAGUCGAUCAUUGAGUUUGACAACCUGGUACGCGUAUUUGCCUUGGCCCCCGAUUCCGAUGAGAAUGUGGAGAAGUUCAUCAGCUUGCCCAUUUUGGGAAAAUCCCAGGCCACCAAGUCACCCCAAUUCCUGUCUUUCUUCAUUAGAGUUGUGUCCGGCCCCUACCCCAUCGGAACCAAGAUUGCGGCCCUGAACAUUGUGUCAUCUGUCCUUUCGUCCGCUCCCAGUGACUUCGAUCCCCAGGCUCUUUUGCCAUUCCUGUUUGUUGCUCUCUCGGACCCUUCGGAGCGCAUUCGUCGUGAGACUGCUGGAGUCUUGGCAAUCAUUGCAUCCUUGUACAAGAAUUCAAAGGCCUCCGAGAAUUCCAAGCCGUGGGCCCAUGACACGAUAUAUGGAAAGGGAAAACAAUCUGCAAGUGUUACGUGGCUCUCGAACAAAGACUCUCAAAAGGUUCUGGAGCGUGCCCUUCUUCCCGGGUUGGAGGAGUCUAUUCUCGACCCUAACCACGUUCAUCGCGCAUUGGAAGCUACCCUUCGCGGUCAUGUCCUUUCCGAGAACUCAGGUGCAACCGAGCUCAAGAAGGCACUCCGCCUCAGCCUCUACAGUUCUUUGUGCUCUCAUGUCAAUGGCAUGCCGGUCUUCUCCCCUAAGAUUGGCCUACUGAAAUUAAUCAACAGUGUAGAGAAGGUCUCUACUGCUAAUCUUACCGAUGAGCUGGUUCCUUUACUUGAGGAGUGGCGGGGUCUGAGUGAAAGAGAGGUCGAAGAAAUAUGUAGCAAGGAGCGUAUCACUUCAUCUGAGACCGAGGCUUUGAUCACGGCUGUGGUCACACCAAAGCACAAAGACGCAUUGGAUGUUCUGCUGUCAAAUGCAAGCUCCGGUGACUCUUUGCGCUCGUCCUUUGUCGCUGCUUGCUUCACGCAGAUCAAGAAUAUUUGGAGCAAGGUUGCCGAAGACCGACAGUUGAUCGCCUCUGAGAAACUGUUGGACAUCUCACUCGGUGUGUCAGCCAACAAAAUCUCUUUGGUCAACAACUGCCGCAACGUCCUUCGCACAAUUGAGCUUUCUGGUGCCGUUUUGAAGCAAUUCGUUCACAAGAUCCCGGUCUCUAUUACGGAUGUUGAAUCAAUCGGCCCUGCCCCUAAACGGAGACGCACCAGCCAAAACAACAUGAUCGCUAUGACUGUCAAGGACGAAGCAGAGCUGACAAAAUUGAUGGACAAGAUGACCUUCAUUUUGGAAAUUGUCGACAGCUCCUCGCCCGAAGCUCAUCCCGAGCUGGCCGAUGGACUCUUCCAGACGCUUGCGGCGCUUCACCAUUUCAAAUCUCAGAUCCAAUCCGGCAUGAGCUACCUCCUCAGCUUGACCCUGGGAAGUCUUUUGGCUAUCGUCAAUCACUCAAAGGGAUCUGUCAAGCCCAAGUUCGAUACAUCUGUUAUUCGCGCCGACUUGGUUGUGGAUUGCGUGCGCACCACGGACAGCCCCCAAGUCCAGAACGUGGCGCUUCUGCUUGUUGGCAGUCUGUCCGUCAUUGCUCCGGAGCUGGUCCUUCACAGUGUAAUGCCGAUCUUCACCUUCAUGGGCACCAGUGUCCUCCGCAAGGACGAUGAGUACUCUGUUUCUGUCAUCGACCAGACCAUUGAUCAGGUUGUUCCGGCUCUCAUUCAGUCUCUGCGCAGCCAGAAGCGGGAUGUGGUCUCUGGCACCUCUGAAUUGCUGCUUAGCUUUACAGCCGCCUUCGAGCACAUUCCUUCUCACCGCCGUUUGCGACUCUUCCAUGCCCUUAUCAGCAAACUUGGAACUCAGGACUUCUUGUUCGCUGUUCUUGCGAUGCUUGCCAACAGGUACUCCACUGAUAAGGAUGUUCUCACUCUUAUGACUGGGCUUGUCUCUGAUACUACACCUGUUGUCGAGCUCACCACUUACAGCAAGUAUCUCAUGCUGAUCAGCGAUGCUUUCAAGCCCAAACCUGGUAUCUCUCAGGUUCUUCUUGGAAUUAAUAGCGACGACGGGCGGGACCCCCAGAGUAUUUCCACUGAUCUUCUGCGCGAUCUUGCUCACUUGUUCAAGCACUCUUCCUUGAAGGCCAAGCUUGAGACAGCCUUCGAGUCAGAAGGUGAAAUUGCGGACCAGUCUCGCGCUUGUUUCUCGCGGGUACUGGAGCAGGUAUUGAACAUCGGCGAGGGUGUCAAGAACAUGAAGCCCGUCAGCCAGGCCUGCGGCGAAGUCCUCGGCUCUCUAUUCAGCACUCUAUCUCUUGUCGACUUCCUUGACACUAUUGAGGUUCUUCUCCAGGGUCCCAACGACGAACUCCGUCGCAAGGUCCUCCGUUUGCUUGAGAACCGUCUUCGCCAGACCCCUGAGCGCGACAACCUGUCGCAAAUCCGGGUGCUCGACUUCCUUCCUACUCUGGUCGAAAUCGUCGAGUCUUCCCCGGAUAUUCUGCUCAAGCAUGCUGCUGUUUCGUGCAUUGAUCGCAUUACCGACAAGUACGGCCGCAAGGACCCGUCCAAGGUCAUUGCUGCUGCUAGAGUUGUUGCCAGCGAAUCUUGCCUCGGCCAAUCUGAUGACCGCAUUCGCUACAUGGGUAUCCUCUGCCUGGCCUCCAUGGCCGAGGUUCUUGGCCAAGCUAUGAUCCCCGCCCUUCCAGACACACUCAAGCGCUCUUUGGAGUUGCUCGAACUGAGCCUGGUCUCUGGAAAGGAGAACUCUCGUCUCCACGAUGCAAUCUUCACACUCUUCUCUGCCCUCUUUGUGCACUUGCCAUUCAUGAUCUCCGCUGGUCAACUGGACAAGGUACUUAUGCUUUCGUUCAAGUCUGCUAAUGCCGACAUUGAAGAGAGCAGCGACGAGAGUCGCCAGGAAUCUCUUCGCUUGCUGGCGCGCAAGAUCGAUGUGAGUGCCACUCUCGGCGCUGUCGAUCGCAACUGGCAGCGCGCUGUCGAAACCGGCCCCAUCGCGGUCAAUGAGCUCUUGGAGGUUGUCACUCUUGCCGUCGACAAGCACCCCAAGUCCACCAUCGCCAAGAACAUCGGCACCCUUACCAAGAUCCUCUUCAAGGCCUUCGACCUACGUCGUGAACAGAUUGCCCUCGGAGAAAAGGCGAUCUUCGAAUCAUCUGCCAUUGAUGAGGCUGAGUCUGCACUCAAUGACGUGACUAUCAAGAUGAUCUACAAGUUGAACGACAGCACCUUCCGUCCUAUUUUCCUUCGAUUCGUCGAAUGGGCCACCACUGGUGCUCCCAAGAAGGACGAGCAGGCCCAAGUUUCGCGUCUUACGACUUUCUACAAGUUCCUGGAGGUCUUCUUCGGCACCCUUCAAUCCAUCGUCACCGGUUACUCCAGCUACAUCUUGGAGAACGUUGUUAGCAUCUUGAGCACUACUGGACCCUCCAAGGCCCAGAAGUCUCUCUGGCUCGCAGCCCUUCGCAUGCUCCGCAAGUCAUUCGAGCAUGAUCAAGACGAAUUCUGGCAAUCCCCCUCGCACCUCGCUAGCAUCUCCGGUCCCUUGAUUUCUCAACUUGGCCAUGCAACAACCAACACCACCUCCAACUUGGUUAUUGCCGACGUCGUCCCCACGAUUACUGAACUGGCUCUUGCCGCCGAUUCCACGGAUAACCACAAGGAACUCAACUCCGCUUUGAUGAAGUAUCUCCGUCCUUCCUCCGCGCCCAAUGCUAGCUCGGCCGGUGGAGACAGCGCGUUCACUCGUCUCGCUGCCCUCAAGACUGAGCAGGCUCUUACUGAGCAGUUGGGUGAAGAAUGGCUGGCGCUUCUGCCAGAGAUGCUGCCUUACAUCAGUGAGCUCAUGGAGGAUGAAGAUGAGAAUGUCGAGAGAGAAGUCAGGAAGUGGGUGAAGCAGAUCGAGAAGGUUCUUGGUGAGCGUCUCGAUGAUAUGUUAACUUAG